GUGAGCUCACCCAGCCGACCGGCAAUAGCAAAGCAGAGGGCCGUGGUGCCACUGCGCGUAACGGUGCUGCCCGGCUGGUUGGCGUGCGCCCUGCGGCAUGGCGAGCUCUCGUGUGCCCUGGCUGUGUUGCUGCCUGUGCUUGGUGGUGCUGGGCGCCCAGGCGCACGCCGGCCAGCCGAGGCCCCGGGAGGGCGGGGAAGAAGCGUCCGGGUCGGCCCUGCUGGGUGCCCAGCCCUACGAGCGGCUGCAGGAGCACUUGGGCACUGUCCGCGCCCUUUCCAAGCGGUACUGGCGGGCGCUGGCCUGCGGGUUGUGGCAGCAGGAGUGCGAGAGGGAGGAGGAGGAGGAAGACGAAGAAGAGGGAGCGGAGGAGGAAGGCGAAAGCGAGACGGUCCGGGAAAAGCAAGGGUGGCACCUGCCUGUUAUGAGUGAGAUCCUCUCCAGCGUGUACUGCAGCUUCGGCAGAUGUUGUGCAACGGGAGACUGCAGGGUGACCAACAACAUCACAGGAUUGGAGCUGGAUCUUAGCAGGCGACUUCACGGACAACAUUUGGCAAGAAAUGUGGUUCUGAAAGCGGUUCAAGGCUUCCUGGAGACUCCUCAGCCAGAAAAAGCCCUGGCCCUUUCCUUCCACGGCUGGUCUGGUACUGGCAAGAAUUUUGUGGCCCGGCUAAUAGCGAAACACCUUUACCGCGAUGGCCUCAAGAGUGAAUGUGUCAAGGUCUUCAUCUCGCUAUUCCACUUCCCCCAUCCAACGUAUGUGGACUCGUAUAAGGUCCAACUAGCGAAGCAGAUCAGUGAGACGGUGCGGCUAUGUCAGCAGUCACUCUUCAUCUUUGAUGAGGCCGAAAAACUUCAUCCCAGCCUCCUAGAUGCCAUCAAACCCUACCUGGAUCAUUAUGACAGUGUUGAUGGUGUAGAUUACCGGCAGUCCAUCUUUUUAUUCCUGAGUAACACUGGAGGCAACAUCAUCAAUGAAGUAGCCUUACACUUCUGGCGAGCCGGUCGAACCCGAGAGGAAAUCACCAUGGAGCAUUUAGAACGCUACCUGAGGAUGGAGCUGCUAGACUCCGCAGGUGAUGGUUCUGCUCACAACUGCCUUCUAAAAGAGAACCUGAUUGACUUCCUGGUGCCGUUCCUACCCCUGGAGCAUCGUCACGUGAAGCUGUGUGCUCGGGAUGCCUUCUUGGCCCGGAACCUACCCUUCACUGAGGAGGCGCUGGACGAGGUUGCAAGGAUGAUGGUGUUUGUUCCCAAAGAGGAAGAGCUCUUCUCCGUCCAAGGUUGCAAAUCAGUCUCCCAGCGUAUAAACUACUUCCUCCCCUGACUGUGUCUCGGUUUUACUGCCCAUAAAUGCUGCAGUGCAACCAGUUCUACUUCCUCUUGCACAAGGGCUAGCUAAGAUACAGUGCACUAUGAGAGGAUAUUAAAUCUCCCUGUGAACUGGGGGCUGUCAGGCUGGAAGAAACCAAUAUGAGUUGCAGGACUCAUAUUGGAGGAGUUUUUAACAGGUUCACAACUGUGUAGCUGGAAUCUACACUAAUGGUACUGUCAAAGAGACAGUGACAAGUAUAAUUUUGAGGAUCACAGGAUUGUUACUUUGGGCCUUUUGUGCUGAAUAAAGAGCAGAGAUAAAAUUUGCUGAAUAAAGAGCAGAGAUGGACCUUGAACAGAAAAAACUCUUUACCUCAAAGAAGAUCAAGACUUGGCUUGAAAGUUGUGCUAUUUCUUUGGAUGAUUUUGUCUAAAGGCUGAAAUGGUUUUCUGUCUGUUUGGAAACUAGAUGGGACUGGAAUAUUUUCUAGCCACGCUAUAGACUUUUUAUGGAGCUCAGCAUUAAGAAUCAGGUAGUCUGCCCCCCUUUUGAUGACUUGAUUCCCAUUUUGUUAAGUUACAGGAUCAUGUUUCUUAAUCUGGUGUUGGGGCUGUGGGGGGUGGAAAGUGUUGCGCAUACAUGUUUGGAGAAGCUGUGGCCAAUUGCUUAUCUCAAUGGUUCCCAAACUUUUCUGGGCUGCUACCCCCCUGGCUUCCAGGACCCAUCCCUAGCACCCCUCCCUCCACAUACUUAUGAACGGUCUACUGCAAACUCAAAAUCGGGGGAGAGUGCUGCUGCUUUUUCUUUUAAAUCUUGCCUUACAAAGCAACGAGGACGGGGCUCUUUGCCUUCAAGCCCCCCUCCCCCAGGGCUACACAAUGAAGAGAGUGCUGCUAUUUUUCCUUUUAAAAAAUAUUGCCUUGCAAAGCAGUGGCAAUGGGACUUAGCUCUACCACCCUCACCCCAGGCUACACAGGUAGGAGAGUGCUACUGGUUUUCUUUUAAAACUCACCAGUCACCACAUGGCAAGGAUGGAAGGACAAGACCUCUUUCCAGCUGGCACAAUCCCUGCCUCUACCCCACCCCCCCUUCCACAAAAGUCCUCACCACCCUCCUUGAUGUUUCCACCACCCUUAGGGGGAACGGUAUUGUCCACUUUGGGAAUCUCUAGCUUAUAUGAACCCUUGCCUGGUGCCAAGUCAGACUGCUGAUUGAUCAAGGCCAGUAUUGUGAGUGGCAGUAACUGUCCAGAGUCUCAGGUAGCAGUCUUUCACAUCCUUAUACCAUGAUAGUUUUAACUGGCGUUGCUAGAGACUUAACUUGGGACUGUCUGUGUGUGUGAAACAGAUACUCCAACACUGAGCCAUGUUUCCCCUCCCCUGUCUUUCCCAGCAUGCAUCAGUGCCAUAAGAAACUCACACGUACUGUGGAUUUAAAGCUGGGGUGCCAUGCUGCUGUAUUCACAGUGUAUACGUGCAAUUGGUGUCCAAAGUGUCCAAAGUCAAAAUUGCAUGGCCCAGUACAGCGAUGCACUUCCAACCUAGCACUGUGCUCGGCUGUGUAUGUUGAGCAAUAAAGCAAACUCUGUUUACAUGAA